AUGUUCAAUGAAAAGAGCAGCGCCUCCUUGUCCCAGAAACCCAUCCAGAAAAAGACACGACCUCAGGGCCUCCCCUCCCCAGCUCUCUGCUGUGCUUGUGGACUUUGCAUCAUGCUGGCAGGGAUCAACAUCACUUUGGUGGGAGCAUUUGCCUUUGGGACCUUCCUCCCAGUGAACAACCCUCCCAUCAUCAUUGGACCCAUCUUGCUGGUGGUGGCCUUCACGUUCUUCGGUGCCUGCUGCAUCUGCAGCAGGAGGCCCCCAGCUCACGGGGGCAGGAAAUCCAAACCAGGUUCCAACAUUGGGCUCAUCAAACCUGGCAACACAGCCUUUGAAAUUGAAACUAGUGAGCACACGGUGCAGGAUACCACAGCUGUUCAGCUGAGCCCCACAAAUUCCCCCAUCUCCUCGAAGAAGUCCACCCCUGUUCACGAGAGCGUGAAGACGUGCAAGCUCUUCACCAUGGAAGGCAACGGGCCCGUGGCCAAGUACAGCACAGGAGGAGAGGCAAUACAGCUCAACUUGCCCAGGGACCUGGCUGCAUCCUAAAGCCAGGCAGAGAUUUGGUUAACAGCCAGCCAGAUGCUGCAAGGGGUGGGCUGGAAAUCCUCGAUGUACCAUCGGUCGUAGGUUUUGGGGAAGGUGCUUGUGAAAAGCCAGCAGACAGACAGGUGUCUCUGAGUCCAUUUAAGGAAUGGGGAAUGUGACAGCAGAAAUAUCCUGGAUUUGUGCUGAGGAACAUGCCCAUGAGCUG